AUGCCUGAUGUUCUCAAGUGUCCGAAAUGCGACGCCAAUGCCGAUGUCACUAAGGAUGGCAAGUGGGCGCAUUGUGCUUCUUGCAACAAUAUCUUUCAACCUAGCGAAAGCCCCGAUAUGAAAGAAGAAGGCGAUAAGGAAGCAAACUAA